AUGGUCCUAUCCUUGGUCAUCCUUGCUCUCACAACCUCAUUAUACUCCAGCAAUUUUAUUCUAAACUUGCGAACUGAACGUCUUCAGGUAGUCUCUUCGCUUAAGUCGGCCCAGGUUCAACAAGCCUUUUCAACCAUCUACUACCAAGCAUACCUCAUGUCAACGCGUGACCAACUCACCCUGGCUAUGGCUCGCUACCGCGCAGGAAAUAAUACUUUGGAAAACUGGGACAGCGUCAGCUCUUAUUUCAACUAUACCUUCAGUGCUUCCACCCUUGUCGUGGCCUCAGCCAUUUACGAUACCUCCUACAACAUGCUCUUUUUCAAAUCGAACGACUCCGUUUCUUACAGCAGUUAUAACCAAGCACUGUUCCCCACACGCAAAGAUUUUGACCAACUCACCGAUGAAAGCUCCAGCAGUAGUUCUUCAGGCCUUCUCAACAGCCCUAAACUUAACGGAACAACUUACCUUAUGACUCUCACUUUCCCUAUCAUGGGCAACUCUUCUUUCUUUGUUGACUCGGCAAAACUUUACGGAUUCAUUUCUAUUUUAGCUACAACCACAUCUCUAAAGUCCAUCAUUGAAGAUAGAACUGGCCUGGAAAACGGCGGCCUCAUGUACUUUAUCAGUAUCCCAAACAGCAGCUAUGUCUCCUCUUCAACAACAACUGUCCUAACUGCUGCAACUACAGAUUCUUCAGAUACAGUCACUUGGCCAUCCAUCACUUCUACCUUUAAUCUUGCUUCUUCAUCUUUAAUACCCUUAGAGGUGACAUCUUCUUCUUCUUCAUCGUCAUCGUCAUCGUCUUCGUCAUUGUCAUUAUCAUCAUCUUCAUCAUCGUCUUCACCAUCACCGUCACCAUCACAAUCACCAUCUUCUCCAUCCUCUUCACAAGUUUCUCAAACUACAACUGUGGCUCACUCAAACUCGACUAUUAGUUCGGUCCCUUCUUCUGUAACAUCAACCUAUUCACGAUCCUCUACUUCCCCCGCACUAAACCAACAACCCAGUGAUGUAAGCGUUCUUUUGGACAGCAUGAAAACUCUUUCUGAGUCUCAGGUUUCUUUAUACCCUUCUCAGAGCUCUAGGAUUUUUGCUCGCCAAAAUACCAUAGAUUACAGUAGCUCAAACGACUCAGAAUCAGACAAUGACACCUAUUUGGAUGAUCUACCAGAAUGGUCUUUUGAGCUGCUCCUACCCGUCACUGGCCAAACUUACUUGUUGGGUUCUCAACAGGGACAACUCCCACUUGUCACCAUUCCAGCUCUUUACCGUGCAGUUUCUUCAAAAAAUGGCGGCUCUCUCCUAAAAACCUCAGUCAUGAACGAAACAAAAGUUGCUGUGGGCUAUGCCCGUGUUGAAAACCCAUUGGCUUCCUGGUAUGUAAUCAUAUCAGAGCCUUUAUCUUCUGUGUUUUCUCCAGUAUGGAAAAUCCGCAACGUUUUCCUCGCUGUAGGACUUGGUGCUUUAGGCGUGCUUUCCAUCAUUGUCAUUUUUCUUGUCAACAAAGGCGUCCAACCCAUUUACCGUCUUAAGCAAGCUGCAGAGGAAACAACUACAUACUUUCACGAAAUCAGUCCUGAAGAGUCUCACAAGGGCCCUCUACCUCCUCCUUCUGCAACAAUUCCAAUUCGCCAUCAUUCAACCAAACUAAAAAAACUCACUAAGCCAAAAUCAUCUCGUAUCAAGUCUUUUUUUUUCAAACUUUCCCACCGCCGCAGCCCCUCAUCAUUAUCUACCAUAACCCUCAGUGAGCCUUUGGAACAAAAACAAGAACAAGAAAAGGCUGGUCCCAAACUUGAAGAUACUAUUCAUUCCACAUCCCAAGAGUCAUCAUCCGAGGCAUCAUCCAAUCAACUAAGCAAAUCGAGUGAGAGCACAAUCAAUAAAAAUAUCAUUACCAAAAUAUCAACAAAUGAAAAAAAUGAUUUAGGCAUACAGCCAGAUCUUAAGGAAAUUGAUAUCCUGCAGCCCCAAACAAAAAAUGUACAUAUAACGGAAAGUGGUUGUGAGGAAAAAACUUCAGAUGCUUCACCCUCAGAUUCUAUUGCAACCGCAGAAGCUGCUGUGGCAGCGGCAACAGCGUCAGCAGCAACUGCAGCAGCUCAAAAACGCAUGGUUGUUCCGCCCCAUGUCAAAAUAAAAAAACCAAAGUAUCUCACCGAUGAGCUUGUUUCUUUACAAUACUCAUUCAACCGCAUGGCUGAUGAGUUGGAAAAACAAUACCUUCAUCUCGAGGAUAUGGUGCGCGAACGCACCAAAGAGCUCGAAUCAGCUCGCAUACAAGCAGAAAAUGCAAACGAGGCAAAGUCUCAAUUUAUUGCCAACAUUACACAUGAGCUACGUACUCCCCUUAACGGUAUUCUGGGUAUGACUGCUGUCUCACUCACAGAAAAUGACCCUGCAAAAGUUAAACGAUCUCUCAAGGUUAUUUCAAAGUCUGGUGAAGUGUUAUUGCAUCUCAUCAAUGACCUUCUCACUUUUUCCAAAAACCAAGUGGGCAAUGUUACUCUUGACCAGCGCGAGUUCAUGCUUGCAGAAAUUGUCCAGAGCGUUCGCAAGGCCUACACCAAACGGCCAAAUAAUCGCAAACAUGUGGAGCUCGAAUUUAACUUUGCUAUGCCAGAACUCAACAAUGUUGUUUUCUUGGGCGAUUGUGGUCGAAUCACACAUGUCAUUUUAAACAUCUUUCAUAAUAGUUUGAAGUUUGCUCCAGACGCAGGUGCCGUCAAAAUCAACUUCAACUGCGUUCAGCUUAACAACAAUCCUGUUAAUAGCAAUGCACCUCUUCCUUUGGAUAAAACGGGCAGCCAGGUUGAUAUCAUUGAUACAACGUGCAGCCAGCUUAACACCGACUAUAUGCAUUUUAGAUCUCCUUCAUCUUCCUCCACUUCCUCCUCUCCACCACCUAGACCAAGACUUCCUCCAGUUAUCACAUCAUUGCAAACAUCUCUAGAUAAUCACUCUGAUUUGGAUUCCAGAGAAAGAACUGCAUCAUUGCGGACCCAAGACUCAUCUUACCUAUCUGCUCUCGCUAGUCCAGACUCGCCAUCGUCACAAAAAGCUGCUCCCUGGGGGACAACUGCUACCACGUCUAGCGAAAAUUUUGACUUGCCUUCUGGAAUGUAUACUCCUGCAUCAGGACCAACACAUCUCCAUACCCAGAGCUUUUCAUCUAAUAUGAGCUCGAAUAACAACAGCAAUAGCAACAAUAGCAAUAUUCUUAGUUUGCCUCAUUUAGCAAAUCCUGGCAGCCGAAAUACUUUGAUAACCUUCAAUAACCCCAACAGCUGUAUUCUGGAAAUUCAAGUAAUUGACCAAGGACCUGGUAUUAACGAAUCCAUUUUGGAACAUGUUUUUGAGCCAUUUGUUCAAGAAGACCAGGCUCUUUCUCGCCGCUAUGGUGGUGCCGGUCUGGGCCUAUCCAUCUGCAAGCAACUAGUCGAGCUCAUGGGUGGUAACAUUUCAUUAAAGAAUUCCUCCGACGGACUUGUCGUAUCUUUUCAAAUCCCUCUUUAUCUUAUUCGCAUAUUUUCACAAGUCCCGCACUAUACAUUUGUAUUUGCAACUGAUGCCAUUGGUGUCCAGAAAUACCCAAAGCAACUAAAUCUUCUUUCAAUUGUUCAGCAGCCUUCUACACCUAACGUGCCUGAUCACUACAUUUAUGAUCCUGGCACACCUUAUGAUGAGCGUGCGCAGUACUUUUCUGUCAAAACUAUGCCACCGACUAUUCCCAUCCAUCAAAAGGAAAAGCUCAGGGAACAACAAGAACAACAUAAGCAGUUAAUUCAAAAUCAACAGCAAGAACUGUACAGACAAAGAACAAACAAUAUAUUGGAACCAAAAGCCGAAGUUGCAGAGGACGCCUCAGAGUAUGAUCAAAAAGUGAUUAGGGUCGAAACCCGACCUCGUCAACAUUCACUUACCAUAGAAAUUCCUCCUGCCAAACCGCUUACUAAAACAAGAAUUAUUCAAAAUGAUAUUCACACAGCUGCUGCUUCAUCACUAUUUAAUUUCAAGCUGAAGCGCAAUUCUAAAAAGCAGCCACAGCUUCAACAACAAAUCCCACAGCCCAGUUCAUACUUUGAACCUCAGCCUCAUGCAAGCACAUUGGGAACUGAAUCUGUGUACCUAAGAGCAAUGGAGUACCUAAAGAGUGGUAAUGCACCGACCAACCUCGAAAGCCUAUCGCUCUCAACCCCUGGUGGAGACCAAACAAUGUCCAACAUACCUACUCCUUUUUUCGAAAUGCCUCUUCCAACCCUUAGCAGCCUUGAAAGUGCAAGCAAGCCAGUGACCCCGGGAAGUACCAACGGCACUAUUCGCGUUGCAGUCGGAAGCGUUGCGGGUUCCAAUUCUGGCAACGCAGGUAGUACAAGCAUUGGUGGAAAUACAAGUGCGCCUUCUUCAUCUGGUAAUGCUCAAAUUGGAGGAACUGGGACGUCAAGCACGACACUCAGUGCUCUUGGUAGCCCAACAUCAGCUACAGCCACAAAUGUGACGAGCUCUGGUGGCGGGAAAAGUACGGUGAGUGGCAGUAGUGUUACCACACCAGGUAGUGGGGGUGGUGGAAAUGGUAAUGGUGGGUCAGGAGCAACACAUCUUGCACCAAUAUCCAUCACAGCACGGAUUUUAGUUGCGGAAGACAAUCUCAUCAACCAAGACAUUAUCCGGCGAAUGCUGCGGUUAGAGGGCGUGAAGGAUAUUGACAUGGCGAUGAAUGGUGAACAGGCGGUGUUACGGAUAGAGGAUGCGAUUCGUGCAGGAAUCCACUACGAUAUUGUGUUUUUGGACGUGCAGAUGCCGCGCAUGGAUGGUCUUGAGGCGGCGCGCAUUAUCCGCUCGCAGCUAGGAUACCCGUACCCAAUUGUUGCGCUUACUGCUUAUGCCGACGAUGACAAUGCACGUCAGUGCUAUGAUGCCGGGAUGAGUGAUUUCUUGGAAAAACCAGUCAAUCGUGAAAGACUGCGUGAGGUGCUUGUACAAUACUGUCCUACAGAUGCUCUUCAUGAAGCUUUAAUGCCCACGGGUGGGUUUGAUUCAUUGUUGAAUCCACCAACAACUCCGUUAAGCUAA